CUAAUUCCAAGCUGAGUCUUUUAAACUUAAAAGGGAAACUAAGAAUUAAGGAGGAAAGAAAGUGUAUCCUAUUGCUAUCCUGAGGUUCCGAGAGAGCAAAAUUUAUUAGAACAGGGCAUACUGGGCCAAGAGCCAGAUUGGAAUACUGGAGUAUAGAGCCCAAGAAGCAAACAGUGAGGCUGGUCAUGAUGAACGAAAUGUCGCCCUAAGGAGUCUGGAUUUUAGCUGAGGAAAGGACGAAGUAUGGGCUAUACUUUAUUUAGACAAUCUGUUUCCUGGUCUGUUAUUGGAGAAAGGUGGUUGGUUUGGGGGGCACUGAAACGUUCAAAACUGAUUGCAAGGUAAAUCCAGCAGGGGGAAAUGGUGGCCUGCCAAAAGUUCUGGCCACUGGUUGGUCCACUAAAACGCCGAUGUGGGAGACUUCAUCAAGCUAACCGCCUUCACCCAGACCCCGAGUAUGUAGUACCACCAACCUCUGGCCCCGGCGUCACAGAGAGCAAGACGCCGGGGACGGCACAGAGGAGGGCGCUGCCUGAGAGCUCGCGAGAUUUCUCGUGAGCCCGGCCAGACCAGGAGCGUCUGGUCGCUGGGCAACCGCGGCAGCGCGGCUGAAGAACCUAGCACAGGCGAAAUUUACCAAACCUGAGUUACUGAUCUGGCUCAUCUCACAAGAAAAUUGGGCAUGAAACAAUACCUAAACCUGCUUCUUGGCAAGGCAUCAGGACAGAGCUAUUGCUGAGAGUUUGAUUUAUAGAGAAAUCAUGGUUCGACUGACCUUGGAUCUCAUUGCCAAAAACAGCAAUCUUAAACCCCGAAAAGAAGAAACCACUUCACAGUACCUAAAGAAAAUAACUCAUAUAAAUUUUUCAGAUAGAAAUAUAGAUGCAAUUGAUAACCUCUCUCUUUGCAAAAAUCUUAGCGUCUUAUAUUUGUAUGAUAACCGUAUCAGUCAAAUCACUAACUUGAAUUUUGCCACAAAUCUGACCCACCUGUACCUACAAAACAAUUAUAUUUCAUGUAUAGAGAACCUCAGGUCAUUAAAGAAACUGGAAAAACUGUAUUUGGGAGGCAACUACAUUGCCGUCAUAGAAGGUUUAGAGGGAUUAGAAGGACUAAGAGAGCUUCAUGUUGAGAGUCAGAGGCUUCCCCUUGGAGAAAAGCUUCUGUUUGAUCCAAGAACUCUUCAUUCUCUGGCAAAAUCUCUCUCUAUAUUGAACAUCAGCAAUAAUAAUAUUGAUGACAUAAGAGACCUAGAAAUACUGGAAAAUCUUAAUCAGCUUAUCGCAGUUGACAACCAACUUCUGCAUGUGAAGGAUUUGGAGUUUUUACUGAACAAGUUGAUGAAGCUGUGGAAAAUGGAUCUAAAUGGAAAUCCUGUUUGUCUCAAACCAAAAUACAGAGACAGACUGAUAUUGGUGUCCAAAUCACUGGAAUUCCUUGAUGGAAAAGAAAUUAAAAAGAUGGAAAGACAAUUCCUAAUAAAUUGGAAAGCAUCCAAAGAUGCCAAGAAAAUCAGCAAGAAAAAGAACACUAAUAAAGAGGAUGCAAGUAACUCAUACUUGAGUAACUUUGAAACAAUGCAUCACAUAGUUCCUGUUUAUUACCCACAGGUGGGUAAACCAAAAUUAGUCUUUUUCUCUGAUGUACAGAGAUACCUUCCGAAUGGAAAUGCAUCUCUAGAAAGCUCUCAAGAAGAUAACCCUAAAGUUACUGAAGAGACCAGGAAUCUCUCUUUGAAGUACUCUGAAAGCUUAGUGACAAAAAAAGGUGUACGCAAACCUCGCCUUCUCCAUAACCCAAAAGAAAAUUUGUUAGAAAAAAAAGAGUCAACUCAGCCUUAAAUGAGCUGAAACAUUUGCUUUUUACCUUUAUAGAACGAGGCAACAACAUCUUUUGUCGUUGGUAGCUUUAUGGUCUCAUUAUAUGAGAAAAACCUUUAAGUUCUUGUUUGAUUUGCUUUUUUACUGAAUCUGAAACUGCUUUUCAAUUGCUUUAAUCCCCGUUACAUAAAAUUUACUGGGAAAAUGAAGAUGUGUUUUCUCAUUCAUUAAAAAAAAAGUAAUCUUUUUCUUGAA